AUGUGGAUAGCCCAUUUCUCUGAAGACAACAAGAGACACUUACUGGCUCCCGUGGAGACGUACCUGGUUGGGCGGAAGAAAGAUGCCGAUUUCUACGUUCCCCACAAAGCUGUUUCGCGGCUGGAGAUCUCGCUGACAGUGAAGGAAGGCGUUUUACAUGUGGCGAACGUUUGUCCUCGUCCCAAGCAUAUGGCUGUGGAAGUCAACGGCGUGCCUUUGGAGCACGAGCAGUCGUUCAGCUUUGGUGGUGAAGCUGGAAAAGUCGAGGUUCGCGGCAAAACAUUCACAAUCAGCGCCAGUUGGAAGGAGGUGGUGGUGACCGAAGAGUUCUCGCAGCUCAGGGGUUUGGCCGCCGUGCGUGAUCGCGGGCUAACACACUAUUUUCUUGCCGGCACAGAGACCAUUGAGCAGGUGCUGGAGGUGUGCCGCGGGAACUACGGGGUCUGUGUGAUGGAACGCAGCUGGUUGCAACGGAUCAACGUUGCCAAUAUGAAGGCAGAUUUCGACUCUGUCUGGGUUGAGGAGCCGGUGGAGAUUGCGGCCACCGGACGCACGUAUGAUGAUAUCCGCGGGCUUGGUGGUAUGCGUGUAAGACAAGCCGUGCCUGGCGAGCAAGUUAUCUUUUGCUUCUCCUGGUACAAGGAAGAUGCUGAAGGCUACAGGGCAGUCGAUGAAACUACCGAGAUCGGCAGGUUUCUGCAUUUUGAUCCGGAUGUGGAAAUGGAGGAGGUGCAACAGGUGCAACCCACUUUGCAACGGAGGAGUAAGCGUUCUUUUGGAAGCCUGGGUUCGUCACAGAAGUACUUGCCCAAUAUCGACGAUUUCGAGGUGAUCAGAACCGAUACACAAAGCUCUGUGCCUCCUGAGGUUCCGCCAACGGUCCCACGCGAGGUGAGCCAGUUCCAGCAGACGUUCAACUCGCGGACCGGUUUGCUGUCGAACAACGAGCAAGACUCGUUUGGGGAGCUGGCCCCCGAAUCUGACGACGCGAUGGUGGCAGGCCCAGUUAAGCCCACGAGCACGCCGCUGGUCGGGGUCCUGAAAGAGGCCAAACGGAUCAAGGUCGACAGCCAGCCAAAGGAGGUAGAGGACGAGACGCCGCCCGCGAGGGUCACCAAGAUGAAGUUCGAGAUCAAGGAGUACCAGCCGCAAACGUACCGGGGCAGCGAUCCGAAGUGGCGCGACCGCAAGGAUUACUCGAACUUCCGCAAGUCAUCGAACAGAGAGGAGCGCGAUGUGGUGUUUGACGCCACGGCCUCGUACGUUCGUCUAAAACCGUCCAGCUACAACUCUGCACAGACUCGUGAAGGAAUCCAGCUGGAGAACCAGACCAUUCCGGAACUGGACAAGGAGUUUGAUUUUGGCUCGCGCAAGCGUCCUGCUGGUUCUGGUCUGGACAUGUUCACGCGCCGGAUAGAGCUCGACGACGACGACGACAUGCCAGUGUUUAAAUCGACAAAAACCAGAUGA